GGCCCCUCCUCGCCGCACACAUGUCCUCCCGGGUGCGUUUGAGCCUCUUCCCCUCCGCUCGCUGUCUGUUUGAUGAGCCACUGCAGGUCACCAUGACCAGGUUAAAGCCAAACCAGGAGGUGGAACUUAGAGCCAGCGCCACAGACGAGAAAGGGAAAUGCUUCAGGUCCUGGGCUGUGUACCGGGCCGACCACGCGGGGCAGGUGGACCUGUCCCGGGACGCCCCCCUCCGAGGCUCCUACAGGGGGGUACAGCCCAUGGGUCUGCUCUGCUCCAUUACGUCCGAGGUUUCACACAAAUACUUCUUGAAAACCCAGGCUCUGAGCCCACACCAAGUCAACCUGUCUGUGCACGACAGAGACCUGCUGCUGACCCAAGAGACCAACCACAGGUGCAUCCUGGGAAAUGGAGUCCAGAGACAGACAGUGACAGAGGCUGGCUUCACUGGGGUCCUCUUCACUCCUCCAGGUCCCGGGCCCUUUGCCGCACUGCUGGACCUCUGCACCUUCCUGUCAGAGAAGAGGGCAUGUCUAUUGGCGAACAAGGGCUUUGUGGUGCUGAGUCUGUCACUGUACAGUGACCCGAAGGUAGACAGGGACACAGAGCUACACCUGGACCAGUACGAGGAGGCCGUGCUCUACCUGCUGAGGCAUGCCAAGGUGGGCAGUGCGGAAGUGGGCGUGGUGGCACGCUCUAAAGCGGCUGAUGUGGCUCUAUCUCUGGCUGCAUUCGUGCGAGGCGUGGGGGCCGUGGUCUGGAUCAAUGGCUGCUGCGCUAACGUGGAAGUGCCUCUAUUUUACAGACAGAGGCAGCUGCUCCCAGCGCUCAGACCCGACAUGUCCAAGAUCAUAAAGACUGAUUCUGGGGCUUAUUUACUGAAACCUGCGACUCCCAUCCCUUGUUCUGAGGCGCACCUGCAGACUGUGAUCCCCAUAGAAAAGGCCAGCGCUCAGCUCCUGUUUGUGGCCUCAGGGGACGACCUGCACUGGGACAGUGCAGCGUUCAUGGAGCAGAUGGUGGAGCGUUUAAAGCUUCAUGGAAAGAACAACUACGAGGCCAUUUUGUACCCUGGGGCUGGACACUUACUCGAGCCUCCGUUUUCCCCCUUCAUUGUCUCAUCGUUUCACGGGGUUGCGAAAACGGCUGUGCUGUGGGGAGGCGAGGCCUCGGCUCACGUUGCAGCAGAGGAGCACCUGUGGAAGAAGAUUCAGGAGUUUUUCAGAGCAAACCUGAAAUGUGACGCUAACCAGGCUAAAGUUAACUAGGCUAAUUGUAACCAGGCUAAUGCUAAUCAGGCCAACACUAACCAGGCUGACGCUAACAUGGCUAAUGCUAAUAUGGCAAAUGCUAACAUGGCUAACACUAAACAGGUUUACGCUUAUCAGGCUAAUGUUAACCAAAUUAAUACUAACCAGGCUAGAGCUAAACUGUAGAUAAGGCUUUUCUUUCUUUAAACAAAACAAGUUUUUUUGUUAUUUUUUAUCUUCUGAGCCAUGUGUUAAAAUGUGUGUAAUAAAAUUUGUUAAACUC